CCCGCGCACCUUUUCAGGGUUUCCUUCAAGGAAGUCAAGUUUUUUUUUUUUUCUCUCACAGAUCGAAACAACCUAAACGUUAAACAGUACAGCUGCCUCAAAUCCCUGGGAAUUUCAGAAUGACUGACACUUCUGAAGCUGUUCCAAAUUUUGAAGAGAUGUUUGCCAGUAGAUUCACAGAAGAUGACAAAGAAUACCAGGAAUACCUGAAACGCCCUCCGGAGUCCCCUCCAAUUGUUGAGGAAUGGAAUAGCAGAGCUGGUGGGAACCAAAGAAAUAGAGGCAAUCGGUUGCAAGAUAACAGACACUUUAGAGGUAGGGAUAGCAGACGGGGGUGGCCAAGUGACAAUCGAUCCAAUCAGUGGCAUGGACGAUCCUGGGGUAACAAUUACCCGCAGCACAGACAAGAACCUUAUUAUCCCCACCAGUAUGGACACUAUGGUUAUAACCAGCGGCCUCCGUAUGGUUACUACUGAUAGAAAUGUCAGCAGCUUUUAGUAAAACCAUUUACUCUGUUAACAUGACAAAAGUUUAUGUGUAUCUUCUGUUGGUCAUAGUUUUACAUCUUGAUUUCAGAGAGUGGAUUAUUAAUUUUUUGGAACUUGAAACUUUCUUUAAAAAAUUAGAUCUUACUAGAGAUUUGUGAUGGUUGCUGGGAAUAAAUACUCCCCUAAAAAGGUUGUGGAUUAUAUUGCUUGACCUCUAC